AUGGUUGGUUUUUAUCAGUGUUUCUUGGUCGUCGCCCUGGGAAUUUUAGUCUCGGCAGCAGACUUCUCCCUAGUUGAAACCAUCAACUUUUCCCUUGCCAAGCAGUGUAGAAAGCAUCGCACUGCUGUGCGGAAGGAAUGGGGAGAGUUGAAGCGAGCGCAGCGGAUCGACUAUAUUGAUGCGGUAUUAUGUAUGCAACGACAGCCUCAGCAUCUUCCAAGAGAAGAGUAUCCGGGAGUGCAGAAUCGGUUUGACGACUUCGUGGCUACCCAUAUCAACUACACCCUCAAUGUCCACCUGAGUGGUCUGUUCCUGCCGUGGCACCGUCACUUCCUCUGGCUCUGGGAGACAGCCCUGCGAGAUGAGUGUGGUUACACUGGACAUCUUCCAUACUGGAACUGGCCAUUAUGGUCCGAGAACCUAAAAGCCAGCCCACUCUUCGACUGCAGCGACAGCUCCCUCUCCGGCGACGGUGAAUAUAACCCUGAAGAAACAAGCAUCUCCGGCGGCGCCGUCACCCUACCACGGGGAUCAGGUGGUGGCUGUGUACGAUGCGGACCGUUCAAAGACAUGCAAAUCCAUAUGGGCCCAUUUGAUCGCAACAUCGUCUCAUUCGACAAGCUCCCCGCUCCAGGCUUUGACUACAACCCGCGCUGCUUCAACCGAAGUCUAAACAAUUUCGUCAGCAGCAACUACGAUAACGUGACCAUCGUCGACAGACUCCUGGCCGCGACCAAUAUCUCCGAUUUCCAAGUCGUCAUGGAUUACUGGCCCGCACGGCCGGAUGGGGUUUUGGGCGUUCAUGGCGGCGGACAUUUCAGCCUCGGAGCCACCCUCCAAGACCUAUUUACGUCGCCGCAAGAUCCGGCUUUCAUGCUCCACCACGGUAUGAUCGAUCGGUUGUGGAGUAUUUGGCAAGCGAAGGAUAAAGAUAAUCGGUUUGCGCUGAAUGGUACGAAUAGGCUUUCUAAUCCGCCCGAUGCGACAAUUGUUACGCUUGAUAUGAAGAUGGAGUUUGGUGUGCUUGAUCGGUCUCGGUCGGUCGGUGAGGUCAUGGAUCCGACUAAACACCGGUACUGUUAUUCGUAUAGUUGA